UGUAUCGAGCUAGCGCGCUAAACUUUGAGGGCGAUUUCCGAACCCGCUGACCCCACGCCGGAGUCAUCUUGACGCGUCGGGAGGCCCGAAGAUUCAUUAGGCAUCGCAAUGCAAUCAGGUGCAAUGCGCGCUCGUAAUGCUUCGCACCGAAUAUAAAAGACGCUUCUUGCCACAACAUUGCGCUUCUCGAAAACGCCUCUUCGAACUUGUUGGGCGAUUUGUCGGCUGCUUUCGGGAAUGUUUUUACUGCGACAGCAGUAACGGGGGGUUUAGGAAAUGGGUCUGCGCCCUCCUGUCCUGCGCCUCUUCGCCAAAGCUCCGUGACAUGUAGAAGCGCGUAAACUUAAUUUUCGGUUCAAAAUUCAAAUGCGACUUAAAAAGGUAUCCGCGGUAGGCGACUUGCGUGCGCUACGUCGCGCGCUAUGCGUGGUUGUCACAAUUUUUGCGGUAACAGAUACUUCAAAUGUUCGCAGAUGACCAGGUCAUAUGCGAAGGUUCGGUAUGGUUAGAUGACCAGGUAGUGUGCGGAGGUUGUGCUUGUAACAUGCAUAGCAGUAUGUCGCUAAGAUAAAUAUUUAAAAAUACCCAGUUCGCACCUAGGUAUGAUGUCUUCGCCGCGCAAGAAAGAGCCCGGAUCUUCGCGUCCACUCACGCGAGCCGAACAAGUCGAAGCCAUCAAAGAAGCAGCGAAGGAACGCAUGCGGGCCCAUCGCAAACGCUGGGAAGAACAGCUUGCUAACACAGGAGAAUGCGAACAUAUGCCUGGACACCGCGCGGAAUGCAAGAGUCCGGUGACGUUGCAAAAAGACAAGUGGUCACGAAAGAGCCAGAUGCCGGAGAAGUUAGGAAGGCGGUGGAAGCCAAACCGAAGCGCCUAAGACUCCGGACGGGUGACGAGACGUGCGAGGGCCAAGACCAGCGGAUGCUUGCGAAUGGGCGCGACACUCCCGACCCGUUGGUUUCCUGUACCGGUGAUAUGCUUCAUCAGUGGCUGCUGAAGUCCAUUGAGGUCAUGGACGAGGACUCUCGCUCAACUGACUCUCCGGGCCAGAGCCAGCCCGGCACACCCUUGCAGACAAGCCACAGCCCAGGCGCAGUCAACAUGGGCCUGGUUGCUGGCGACGGUGCUCGUCAUCCGCAGACGUCCAAGUACACGCAGCUCCUAGCGGUCAUCGAGGAGCUCGGGCGCGACAUUCGGCCAACGUACGCUGGAAGCAAGUCGUCGGCCGAGCGCCUCAAGCGAGGCAUAGUGCAUGCGCGCAUUCUUGUCCGGGAAUGCCUGAUGGAAACCGAACGCAACGCCAGGUCUUAGCAGGCUGCUGUUGCUGAAAGCUAAGCUAGUUUGUUACUGGUAUUAUGAAAAAUUGUUUGCAGGGCUGAGAGAGGUGAAACAAACAUUGCGCGUGCCUGUACAUUUCAUGUUUGUGUUUUAUCUUUCCUAGCACUGUAGACAUGUUUCAUACCUUGACUGGUAUGUCUUUAACCCCAAAAAGCCCAACCUAUCCUUUUUCCUUUACUGAGCUUGAUAUUUCUAAAUUAUGAUAUAUGAUGUCACGAAUGUUCUGUCCAUGGCCAGAAUGCGAGCAGCCUGUUCCAUUUCUUUGUCGAAUGGUGUGCUUGGGCUUUAUGGGGUUAAUUGAAUGAGCUUGAAGGACGUGUCUUUCAUGUGGUAUAAUAUGUACUAAAAUGAGAUUGAAGACUGCCAGUACGAUGUCCUAAGGACAUUUUGCUUUACAUCUAGAGUGAACUUCCUCUAGGAUUCGGAAGGCUGCUUUCCGCUAAUGGGGUUGUCGGGAAUAACCUGGUUUGGCACACCUUGGUCUAACGUCCUUCUCACAUUAACCUAAAUGUCAUUUCUCUUAUGUGGACGUCCCUUUGAAGCAACCUACAGAAGAAGAUAGCUGUACCAGUAGCACCAGCUUAUAAUGGCAGUACUGUUUAUUCAUUAACUUUGAUGCAUCAUGGUGACUGAAAAGCCAUUAUGACCAUCACCCGUUCUUUUGUAACAAGGGAACACUGGGUAAUUGCCGUUGGGAAGCCUCGCAAAGGAUGUGCAGUGGUUUACAAUUUGCUUCUAGAACUUGCAGAGAGUAUCUAUGGCAUCUGGCAGCAAGAACGGCAGUGCAGCUAACUGAUGUCAUGAAGGGCAACUCAGAUUCAGUUUUGGAAAGGAGCCAACAUUGCAUAGUUUUCAAGCGUGCAUAUUAACGCCGUCUAGUUAAUGUUCAUAGCCAAGCCAGGCACAACAUCAAGACUCGACGGAGCUCUGUUAAGUAAAAGCCCUUUACAGCACCCUCAAAUCAUUUUGAAUCUCUAAACCUUAAAACAACAGUCCAUGCCCUGCUUUUGGUAACCAAAUAACAUAUGGCAUGCACUGAUCUCAUCACACUGCUGUGAAUACAGAGCUAGUGUUGUACUGUACAAACGUGCGUGCCAAACAAUGUUUGUGUACAAAUGAAGGAAUAAAAAUGACCAAAGUAAAACAU